ACCAAUGGACUGCGGCAAAAUUCAAACUUGGUCCUCUUAAUAGCCGUUUACUUUGAAUGCUUCCCUUGUUCUUUUAACACCACCCCUUCUUCCUCCCUUGUUCAAUAAUGAAGCUGACAAACCCUGGCUUCUCGAUCCCUAUAGCGAGAAAGGAAGCCUCUCCAAUAGCAGACCUCACGGCCAGAAUAGUUGAUUCCAACGGGAACGAGCUGGCUUCGAAGAAAAGCUCCCCUAGUGGCAUCGAGAAUUGCCAACCCGGCGCAUCUUCGCUCCAAAGGUCAAAUUUUUCACCUGAUCCCUCCUCUUGCACUGGUCUGAAUCAAGAUUUCAAGAACUUCAGGAAGAGCAGCACUCCUUCCAGGUUCCUCUUCUUCUGCGACGACUCAUGGACCGACUUCCCUUACGAAGUGUUCAAUAUUUUGAGAGCUGGUUUCGUCGCCGGCACGGCCAUUUUAGAGGUCACUGUUGAUAAUUGUUCAUAUAUUUUUGACUUCCAACGUAUGAUUCAGAUUGAUAUGCGAACAGGAAUUUCAAAUUCUAUUGCUUGGAUUGAUAUCAACGGGCAAUGCUUUUUCCCAAGAGUAGUCGUGGAUAGGCAGAGAAAUAUAAUAAUCGAUAAGCGACCAUCAGAUUGUAAUAACUCUCUUAAGAGAAAGAGAGAUGAGUUUGAGAUGAUCGAAGAACACUCCGACGAGAGUCCUGAGCCCUCCAACGCUGCAACUUUCGACAGGCCGAGAUGGACGGGAGUUGAAGUGCUGGGAGAUGGAGAUAGAUAUUACAAGGUGGUGGAGAAGUUAUUUCUGGAUGGAAUGAGAAAAUUUGCUCCAGAGACGGUCAUCACUUCGAUCCACAAAUGCUUGCAUUCCAGCCCCUCAGGGAAUUCCAGACUUAAAGCUUUUCAGAUACAGAUGCAGAUGACGAAGGCCAAUCGGGGCGAUGACAAUGUGAAAUUUGGUUGGUAUGGAACGUCGGCAAGGGAUGUCGCCGCCGUCAUUUCUCAUGGUUUCGGGCAGCCUAACAACAGCACCUUAGGUUCUGAUGCUUGUGGUGUUGGCAUCCACCUCUCCCCACCACAUUCUCCAUUCGCAAGUUCUUUGUUGUCUGAAGUGGAUGCUAAUGGCGAGAGGCACGUAAUAUUAUGCCGGGUGAUCAUGGGAAGGUCUGAGAAAGUUGAGGCAGGCUCCCUCCAGUUUCAUCCUAGCAGCGAGGACUUCGACAGUGGCGUCGAUGAUCUCGAGAACCCGAAAUGGUAUAUUCUGUGGAGUACUUGCAUGAAUACUCGCAUUCUUCCUGAGUAUGUUGUGAGUUUCAAAUCCUCGAAGCAAUCUCAAGAUCCAGGGAGAAUCAUGAAUCCAUCAAAGAAACCUUCUUUAACAAGUCUGUCGUUCCAAAAACUAUUUGCAGAUAUGGGAAGAUCUCUUUCAUCCUCACAAAGACAAGAUAUAGAGAUAUCCUAUGAUCAUUACAAGGCAGGAAAGAUGAGCAAAGACACCUUUAUCAAGCACCUGAGGUCCACCGCUGGUGACAAGCUAUUAGCUUCCAUAAUCAGAAGAAUCCGAGGAUACUGAUGAAAAGAGAGUCUCUGGCAUCAAGUAGAAGUUUGUUGUUGGUUUCUCUUUGCAAAAGAGAACAUAAUUGUGAUUUUGAUCAGACCAUCGCCAACCAUCUGAUAUGUCUAAUGACCGACAUUUCAUGCCUCAAACUGCAACAUAGUUUCUGUCCUGUUACAGCUGAUAUAUUAUCUGUGGCAAUCUUAAUUUUCUGCCUUUUACUUUGGUGGGUCAAACAUCCACUAGAACACGAGUUAACGCUUGUAAUUAUUCAAAAACAAUCUGUUUUAAAUUGCAGAAGAACUUUAGA